GUCGUGCGACGGCACUAACGACAGCGGCGACAGGUGGAAGUAGUGCCGCUCUUCUCAUACCUGACUUUUCUGAGAGUAGGAGGAGAGGGAGCGUCGCACAAUACUCGGCGCAACAUCGACACAGACACCGAGUGCGGGGAUCGAAGCUUCAACGGCGGCUAUCGGCCAAUUCGCUCAGAUCCGGUGAGUCAUCGCGUUGAUCACCGUUAAAGGAAUACGAAUACUCGCCGUUAUCCCGUGAAUAACCGCGUGAGAAUGGACCCGCGGAUCCAGGACACUCUCAACGACGUCCUUCUCAAGAGGGAUCACGAUUCGGUCGACGAUUUCGAGCAUCUCGGCCACGACGGCUCUCCGGACGAUCGUUCGGAGCAGCAGCAGCAGCAGCAGCAGCAGCAGCAGCAGCCGCCACCACCACCAACGCUACCGCAUCCAAUUGAUGCGCCACGUGUCGACGAUCUGCUGCACAUCGGUGAUUCCUUUCAGCCGCUGGACUCGGUGCUGCCCAGCGCGCUUCUCGACACCGAAGCGAAGCCCGUGCCGGCGACACCGCCGCCUUCCGCGGACUUUGACAAAUGUACGGCCAUGGCGCAGUCGUCGGAUCCGUUCCAGCAGCCGCUGGACCCGGUCGAUCCCAAACUGGCAAGUAUGACGUUCGUUGAGACUGAACGGGCCUACCGUCACCAAUUUGACGACGACGACGAUGACGAUAACGACGACGAGGAUGAAAAUGACAACGACGAUAACGACAACGAGGAGGACGAGAUACGUCUCCAGCCGCCGUUGUUACCAAUCUCGACCGCCAACACCGUUCAACCUGCAAGCGACCAUCGUGACUUUCUACUCUCAUCGUCGACGAAAGCUCCAACCGACAGCGAGAUCCAACCGAUCGAGGAACGCGACGAUUUCGCUGCGACAUUGCUUACCGAUUACGAAAAACGACACGAGCGUGACGUUAAUUUGCCGCCGAGCAGCAUCAAUGUCGACGACAACGUCAGAUCGUCGGUGCUGCCGGCUCCGGACAAGUCCCCGCUGAUAGAUUUUCUCGGCGAUGACGGCGAGUCGUCGUCGUCGUCGAGGGAGGACAAAGUUAAGAAUAUUGCUGACGAUGAUUCAUGGAACGUCGUAGAAAGAACGGAUCUGAAGCGAGAACAGGCGAGGGCAUUCGAGCCACCGACGAAACCGCUACCUCCGUUACCCAAGGAGGCGCGGUACGAGACAUCGUCGAGUGACUUUUCAACCGCCGCGGAAACAGGCCACAUCGGGGCCAGGCCAUCGCCGCCGUUGCCGCUGUCGCAGCAGAUCGCCGAAUCGAAGCACGACAGUGUUAUUAAACGACGCGAACUACCGAAACCCAAAGAAACCGAUCACUCCGUCUCCUCUCGCGCGCCGCCGAUCGGUAAGAAGAAACAGGAAAUCGAGAUCGCGCCAAAAGAGAUAUUCAGAGAUAUGGGAUUGGACGCAUGGUUUAAUCCUGAAAGACUGAAUCCAAAAGUGGCAGCUCUAAUAUAUUGGCGCGAUCCGAAAAAAUCGGGCAUCGUAUUCGGCACGAUACUAGGCGUGCUCCUGUCAUUGGCCUAUUUCAGUCUGAUCAGCGUGCUGGCUUACAUGUCGCUUCUCGCCCUUAGCGGAACGAUUCUUUUCCGUAUUUAUAAAACAGUACUUCAAGCAGUCCAGAAGACCUCAGACGGCCAUCCAUUCAAGGACAUCCUUGAUCUCGAUCUAGCGUUACCAGCUGAAAAAGUGCACGAAGUCGCAGAUGUCGCAGUUGCACACGCUAAUGCUGCUGUUAGCGAACUACGCAGACUUUUCCUCGUUGAAGAUUUCGUCGAUUCUCUUAAGUUUGGCGUUUUGCUGUGGUGUCUCACCUACGUGGGUUCUUGGUUCAACGGCAUGACUCUCAUUAUAAUCGGAGUAGUUGCUCUCUUCACGCUGCCUAAGGUUUACGAAACGAACAAGGAGCAGAUCGAUCAGAAUCUGGCCUUGGUGCAGGCGAAGAUCAACGAAAUUACCGCCAAUCGGUUGCUCGAUUGUUUUAGAGUGAAGGCGGCAAUUCCUCUUGGCAAGAAGGCCGAGCCAACUAAAGAGGAAUAAAGGAGAAUCAUGCGUGGCGACAGUUCAACAGACAGUCGAGACAGCAGAAUAUAGAAAAGAUUAAAUUAGAAGCAAAAAGCAAGAGAAACGUGAAAAGUGAGAGAAGAAUUUGAGAGCGCGCGUGCGAGCAGACCAAUACACGACCAGGAGACUUGUAUUAUUCAUCAAGGAUCGAGCCCAGGAAUCAUGGAGGAUGAGAGAGAGAGAGAGAGAGAGAGAGAGAGAUUGUUAGCGGUAUCUUUAUGAACUUGGUGUCGUAUUUCCAAAGAGGGAUUGAUUUUUCAAAGCACAAACAGUCGGCAAAGCCAACCAAAUGGCCGUGCACGCGUACAUCGACAUUCUAAUCACAAGAGCAAUCUUUAUCGGGAAAGUAAACACCGCGAGAAAAAGAAAGAGAAGAGCAACACUUAGUGAUUAAUUAAUCGUUUAUUAUCACGAUAAAAAACGACGCAUGUUUCUAGCCAGCAGCAAAUGGUGCAAUGUGCGCGCGGGGCUGCUUUCGAGGAUGGAUCAGCCCUCCGUCUCUCCCUUCCUCCUUUUUCGUCGUACUCUUUGACAAAUGUGUUUUACGGUCAUAAACUUCGUGUUUUUACCUACCCGAUAAUGUCCUUUGUUUUCCUCUUUGCGAAGAGAGAAAAGAGAGAGAAUGAAAAAAUAAGAAUGAAUGCCUGUGAAUAGGUGGGAGAGAAUGAGCAAUAAGGCUGUAUGUGAUUUAUCUUAGUCCCGUCUUCGUCGAAACGUCGUAUUUCGAUUAGCUUGGAUCAUUAUUUCACGGAUUGGACGCCACCGAAACAAAAUCGUUUAAACUGCGUCGCGAUGAAAUGAAAAAUGUAAUGAGAAAUGGGGGUGUCGAAAGAUAGUAAUACUUUAAGGAUUAAUGGACAAGAAAAGGGAACGAAUAUGAGAUAUAUCUAGCAUAUAAAUAGAAUCGUUUAUCCCUCAACGGUAGAGAUUUUAAGUCCCAUACAGUACGGAACAUUCCAGCAAUAUUGCAUUGCUGGAAUGUUAUGUAUUCUGUGGUGUAUGAGUAAUUAUCUAAUUUAUGGCGAUAUCCCCCAUCGUCUCGAUGUUUUAAGUUGUUGUGUUUGGGAGAACUGAAUGAAGAUUUAAUGACGAAUUAAAUUAUGCAAAAGUAUAUAUAUAUGUAUAUACAUAUAUAUGCAUACAUAUAUAUACAUAUAUAUAUACAUAUAUACGUUAUAUAUAAUAUAUUGUAUCUGUCUCAAUGACGUUGACGUUUGCAUAAUAUUAUUGCUACCGCAUCAUUAAUUGUAAUUAUACCGUUAUGUACGCACACGCAUAUAUAUAUAAACACACACACGCACACGCGCACGCACGCACGCACGCACACACACACACACACACACACACACACACACACACACACACACACACACACACACACACACACACACACACACGUAUGUAUGUAUGUAUGUAUGUAUGUAUGCAUAUAUGUAUGCAUACGUCGCAUAUCGCUUGUGUGCAUAUGUAUAUGUGUACACAAACGCGCGCGCGCAUGGUGUGUGUGUGUGUGUGUAUAUAUAUAUAUAUAUGAAAAGGACGGUUAUUAUCGAAGAAAAUGCGAUUCCAAGUGAUAACAAGGCACGGAAUAUAUUGAACAGUGAACGAUAAAGAUGCAACUUUAUAUCAUAAUAUCUAUAGUUAUCGAGAACACGUGUUUUUAUCGGGACCGACAUGGCAAAAUGUUAAGAAUGUGAAUUGUAAUAUGCGUAAUAUGCUUCUUGUCGUUUUUCAUUAUUGCAUCUGCAUCCGCAUCCGCAUUAAUUUAUAAAUAAAUGAUAUUAAAUAAAA